CACGGCUCGACACAGACUGUAAAGUCCGCCUCGCUGCGUGUAGCAUCAGAUCGCGAUGGCAGAAGCUAUUCAACAGCUUAUUCUCGAUAUUCUUGAAAAACACUCGAGCAUCAAAGAUACGCGCCAGCUCACUCUUCCCGGUCAGUCAAGUCAAGCCGCGUCCCAAGAUGAACAGAUAGCUAUCCUCGGCGCGCUCAAUUCUCUCCUGAGUCGUGAAAUGAUCACCUAUGAGACUCAUGAAACGCUCUCCCAUGCUUUGACGGAGGAAGGUGCCCAGCUUUCUCUGACAGGGUCGCACGAAGCACGCGUAUGGGCAGCGCUUCCAGAAAGGGGUGCUGGCGAGCCUGUUGCACCUCAACAACUCAAGACUCUCGUGGGCGAUGAGACCGCUAAAGUAGGUCAGGGAAGGGCGUUUAAGGCUGGAUGGAUCGCGAAGGAGGGUGGCGGUCUCGUCAAGGCGGUGUCUGAAAUCAAGGAUACCACGCAACUAGAGCUGAGGGAUGUUGACUCUACUGGUACACUUGAAGCCGGAGAGAAGUCAUUGGCCGAUCUCCGGAAACGCAAACUGAUCACACAAAGAAAAGGCCAAUGGUUCACCGUCCACAAAGGCCCGGGCUUCAGCACAUCUAUAGCCAAACCAGAGACAGACCUCACCGUUGAGAUGCUUUCAUCAGGUUCAUGGAAAACAUCUACUUUCAAGAAGUACAACUUCGAAGCUGAUGGGAUACCCACAAACGGUGGAGCACUGCAUCCGCUCCUGAAGGUGCGAGAUGAAAUUAGGAAUAUCUUCCUUGAGAUGGGCUUCGAAGAAAUGCCAACUGAUACUUUCGUUGAAUCUGGGUUCUGGUGUUUCGACGCUCUGUUCGUCCCACAACAACAUCCGGCGCGUGAAGUGCAAGAUACCUUCUACCUUUCAGAUCCGACAACCUCUCUUGAUCCUCCCAAAGACUACUAUGAGCGUGUCUCGGCAGUUCACUCCAAGGGAGGAUACGGAUCGACGGGCUAUCGCGCCCCUUGGUCACACGAAGAGUCACGCAAGCUGCUUCUUCGAACACAUACGACCGCAUCCAGCGCUUCGAUGCUGUACAAGCUCGCCGCUCUCUGCCGUGGCGAGAAGGUCUCUGAUGAUGUACUGAACUCAGACAUUGGUGGACCAGCACCAACCGGCGACGGAAGUGGCGACAAGGGCGAUGGCUUCCGACCCGCAAAACUGUUCAGUAUCGACCGCGUGUUCAGAAAUGAAACACUGGACGCCACACACCUCGCUGAAUUUCACCAGGUCGAGGGUGUCGUCGCUGACAGGAACCUGACACUUGCUGAUCUGAUUGGGUUCAUGCGAGUCUUCUUCAAGAAGAUGGGUCUUGAGAAUCUUAGGUUCAAACCUGCAUACAACCCAUAUACCGAGCCUUCACUUGAGAUUUUCGCCUUCCACCCUGAUUUAAACAAAUGGGUUGAAAUUGGAAACAGUGGAAUGUUUCGCCCUGAGAUGCUUGAGCCUAUGGGUUUCCCGAAGGAUGUUCGUGUGCAUGGUUGGGGUAUUGGUCUUGAACGGCCUACGAUGAUUCGGUAUGGCAUCAACAAUAUCCGUACAUUAGUCGGGCACAAGACGAGCAUCGAUGAGAUUGAGCGCUACCCCGCUGUUAGGUUCUAGGGGCCUUGCGUAUGUAGCUGUGCGAGAUAGAAGUAGGUUCAAUGCGCAUGUAUUACAAUACCUGUAUAAUUUGUCGAGUCGA